AGUCACUAUUGAAUUAAGCAAAAUUACUUAGGCUGAAACGGUCAUGCGGAUCUAUUUUCUAUGCGGAAGAAUACAAACCGAUGACGUGUCGCUUUUUGUAUAUAAGAUAGCGUCACUCUUCCGUUUCAGUAGUCAUUCAGUGAUCUUUAAGGUUCUUACGUAUAACUAAGAAGCUUCUUUAACCAACUGAAAUCGUCCAUCAUGCAGAUCUUUGUCAAGACCCUUACUGGAAAGACCAUCACCCUGGAGGUCGAGCCAAGUGACACCAUUGAAAAUGUCAAAGCUAAGAUCCAGGACAAGGAAGGCAUCCCCCCAGAUCAGCAGAGGCUGAUCUUUGCUGGCAAGCAGCUUGAAGAUGGCCGCACCCUCUCCGACUACAACAUUCAGAAGGAAUCCACCCUCCACCUUGUCCUGCGUCUGAGGGGUGGAAUGCAGAUCUUCGUCAAGACCCUCACAGGAAAGACCAUCACCCUGGAGGUCGAGCCAAGUGACACCAUUGAAAAUGUCAAAGCUAAGAUCCAGGACAAGGAAGGCAUCCCCCCAGAUCAGCAGAGGCUGAUCUUUGCUGGCAAGCAGCUUGAAGAUGGCCGCACCCUCUCCGACUACAACAUUCAGAAGGAGUCCACCCUCCACCUUGUCCUGCGUCUGAGGGGUGGAAUGCAGAUCUUCGUCAAGACCCUCACAGGAAAGACAAUCACCCUGGAGGUCGAGCCAAGUGACACCAUUGAGAAUGUCAAAGCUAAGAUCCAGGACAAGGAAGGCAUCCCCCCAGAUCAGCAGAGGCUGAUCUUUGCUGGCAAGCAGCUUGAAGAUGGCCGCACCCUCUCUGACUACAACAUUCAGAAGGAGUCCACCCUCCACCUUGUCCUGCGUCUUAGGGGUGGAAUGCAGAUCUUCGUCAAGACCCUCACAGGAAAGACCAUCACCCUGGAGGUCGAGCCAAGUGACACCAUUGAGAAUGUCAAAGCUAAGAUCCAGGACAAGGAAGGCAUCCCCCCAGAUCAGCAGAGGCUGAUCUUUGCUGGCAAGCAGCUUGAAGAUGGCCGCACCCUCUCUGACUACAACAUUCAGAAGGAGUCCACCCUCCACCUUGUCCUGCGUCUUAGGGGUGGAAUGCAGAUCUUCGUCAAGACCCUCACAGGAAAGACCAUCACCCUGGAGGUCGAGCCAAGUGACACCAUUGAAAAUGUCAAAGCUAAGAUCCAGGACAAGGAAGGCAUCCCCCCAGAUCAGCAGAGGCUGAUCUUUGCUGGCAAGCAGCUUGAAGAUGGCCGCACCCUCUCCGACUACAACAUUCAGAAGGAGUCCACCCUCCACCUUGUCCUGCGUCUGAGGGGUGGAAUGCAGAUCUUCGUCAAGACCCUCACAGGAAAGACAAUCACCCUGGAGGUCGAGCCAAGUGACACCAUUGAGAAUGUCAAAGCUAAGAUCCAGGACAAGGAAGGCAUCCCCCCAGAUCAGCAGAGGCUGAUCUUUGCUGGCAAGCAGCUUGAAGAUGGCCGCACCCUCUCUGACUACAACAUUCAGAAGGAGUCCACCCUCCACCUUGUCCUGCGUCUUAGGGGUGGAAUGCAGAUCUUCGUCAAGACCCUCACAGGAAAGACCAUCACCCUGGAGGUCGAGCCAAGUGACACCAUUGAGAAUGUCAAAGCUAAGAUCCAGGACAAGGAAGGCAUCCCCCCAGAUCAGCAGAGGCUGAUCUUUGCUGGCAAGCAGCUUGAAGAUGGCCGCACCCUCUCUGACUACAACAUUCAGAAGGAGUCCACCCUCCACCUUGUCCUGCGUCUUAGGGGUGGAAUGCAGAUCUUCGUCAAGACCCUCACAGGAAAGACCAUCACCCUGGAGGUCGAGCCAAGUGACACCAUUGAGAAUGUCAAAGCUAAGAUCCAGGACAAGGAAGGCAUCCCCCCAGAUCAGCAGAGGCUGAUCUUUGCUGGCAAGCAGCUUGAAGAUGGCCGCACCCUCUCCGACUACAACAUUCAGAAGGAGUCCACCCUCCACCUUGUCCUGCGUCUUAGGGGUGGAAUGCAGAUCUUCGUCAAGACCCUCACAGGAAAGACCAUCACCCUGGAGGUCGAGCCAAGUGACACCAUUGAGAAUGUCAAAGCUAAGAUCCAGGACAAGGAAGGCAUCCCCCCAGAUCAGCAGAGGCUGAUCUUUGCUGGCAAGCAGCUUGAAGAUGGCCGCACCCUGUCUGACUACAACAUUCAGAAGGAGUCCACCCUCCACCUUGUCCUGCGUCUGAGGGGUGGAAUGCAGAUCUUCGUCAAGACCCUCACAGGAAAGACCAUCACCCUGGAGGUCGAGCCAAGUGACACCAUUGAGAAUGUCAAAGCUAAGAUCCAGGACAAGGAAGGCAUCCCCCCAGAUCAGCAGAGGCUGAUCUUUGCUGGCAAGCAGCUUGAAGAUGGCCGCACCCUCUCCGACUACAACAUUCAAAAGGAGUCCACCCUCCAUCUUGUCCUGCGUCUGAGGGGUGGGCAGUAAAGUCAUGGUUCCACAGUUGGUUUCAUUUGCCAUGUAAUGCUUGGAAAUUAAAAGUUACAUUUGUUUUUAACUUGUGACCAAAAAUGUUCUGUUAUCACAAUAAAAGGUUAAAUUUG